AUGUCAUUUACUAAAAGAUUUGCAGAAAGAUCUGAAUCUGAAAUGCAAGAGCUUUCAAAAAAAGGCAUCAAGACUUUUCUAAUUCCAUUUACUGGACAUAUUUUUCACACGUUGUCCGAAAUUAGUGGUGUCACCGGUGUCAGCUUCGUCGACCACGUUUUGAAGAUUUUCAAACCUGAGUUUUUACGUGUUUAUGAAAUGAAUAUCAGAAUGAAUAUCUGUUUAAUUAAUUAUUUGUUCAAGGAAGAGCGAAGACUAUCUAAAAAUCUGGUCGCCCUUUAUCAAGCACGUCUGCCUAGAUAUAUAGACAAACAGAACUCUGCAACAAAGCUCAUCACGGCUACUAGUGAUGAAUACGAAGCCACGUAGAUUUUUUGCCUUUGAGGACCUUCAAGGAUAUUUUACUUCCAGUUCCAAUUUAACACAAUGGGAAAAUGAGCAUCAAACAAUGUUUCUGAAAACUGAAAUAUCUAGAAAUUAAGCUGCUGCUUCAGCAUGAGCAACGUUCAAAUGUUUGUGUUGUGCCGCUAUCUUCUCCACCGUUUGAAACCGGUUGAGCCAGAAUUUAGCUGAAGUUUAGUUGGUAUUUUGACUGCAGCGCAAGCUGAAAGGUACGAUCAUAUUC